AAGACGAAAAAGUAAGAACAAAAUAAACAAAAACAAGUAACAAAUAAUGCAUUAAUAAAGUUGAUGACCAAAAAAAAGAAAAAAAAGAAGAAGAAAAACCAAAAACAAAAAUAACAACGAAGAGGGAGUGGGGAAUUUUCGCGCGUAGGUGCGAGAAGGCGAUCGAAGCAUUUGGGGAAUCCGUCCGCCAUCAGUGAUUGCUUCAUCAUUCAAACUUACAUAUUCAUCUCAGACGUAGUUCAGGAACUCUAUUUGCAGCUUAACAAUGGCGGAUGAAGGUUUGGCUUCUCACAGAAGAGAUCCUAUUAAGUCUUCUUCAGUUGGAAAUGCUGCGGCGCGCAGACGGCAACAUGCAGUUACAGUUGCAAAGGAAAGGAGAGAGGCACUGGUGCGCACCAAGCGCCUUUGCAGAGUGGGGAUUAGUGGUGAUAGUGAUGCUCUCCUUGAAAGUGAGAUGAUGAUCGAGGAAGAGCAGUCAAUUUUGGAUGCUCAGACUUCUUCAUCUGUGGAGGAAUUAAAGUCUGCAGUUGCCUACCUGGGGAAAGGUGCAAUGCAGAAAAGGGUAACUGCCCUUCGUGAAUUAAGGCGCUUAUUGUCAAGAUCUGAAUUCCCUCCCGUUGAAGCGGCUGUUAAAGCUGGAGUAGUGCCUAUUCUGGUGCAAUGUCUUUCAUUUGGUUCUCCAGAUGAACAGUUGCUUGAAGCAUCUUGGUGCCUUACCAAUAUUGCAGCAGGGAAACCAGAAGAGACGAAAGCUUUGUUGCCUGCAUUACCUUUGCUCAUUGCUCAUCUUGGAGAGAAGAGUUCCUUGCCUGUUGCUGAGCAGUGUGCAUGGGCAUUGGGUAAUGUUGCGGGUGAAGGAGAGGAACUGAGAAAUAUCUUGCUAUCACAGGGAGCCCUCCCACCACUUGCAAGAAUGUUGCUGCCAAACAAGGGUUCAACUGUGCGAACAGCUGCUUGGGCUUUGUCAAACCUGAUCAAGGGACCAGAUUCUAAAGCUGCAACAGAACUCAUAAAAAUUGAAGGUGUACUGGAUGCAGUUAUUCGACAUUUAAGAAAAGCGGAUGAGGAGUUGGCGACUGAAGUAGCCUGGGUAGUUGUGUAUCUCUCAGCGCUUUCAAAUGUUGCUACUAGUAUGCUGGUGAAGAGUGGUAUCCUUCAAAUACUGGUGGAAAGAUUGACAACAUCAAACUGUUUGCAAUUGCUUAUACCGGUGCUGCGAAGUUUGGGUAAUCUUGUGGCUGGGGAUGCUCACACAACUUAUGUCGUUCUUGUUGCUGGUCAUGAAGUCACAGAUAAUGUUAUAGCAGCACUGGUAAAAUGUUUGAAGAGCGAGCACCGGGUCUUGAAAAAGGAAGCAGCUUGGGUGCUAUCUAAUAUAGCGGCUGGUUCUGUGGAGCAAAAGCAGUUGAUAUAUUCAAGUGAGGCAGUGCCCUUGUUGUUGCGCCUCCUUUCAACUGCUCCAUUUGAUAUAAGAAAAGAAGUAGCAUAUGCGCUAGGUAAUCUCUGUGUUGCCCCCACAGAAAGUGCUGGAAGGCCUAAUCUGAUUCUGGAGCAUUUGGUUUCACUUGUUGGUAGAGGUUGUCUUCCUGGUUUUAUCGAGUUGAUUAGGUCUGCAGAUACUGAAGCUGCAAGACUUGGACUGCAAUUCAUGGAGUUGGUCUUGAGGGGUAUGCCAAACGGUGAGGGCCCAAAGCUCGUAGAGAGAGAGGACGGGAUCGAUGCAAUGGAAAGAUUCCAAUUUCACGAAAAUGAAGACCUUCGAAACAUGGCAAAUGGGUUGGUUGAUAAGUAUUUUGGUGAGGAUUACGGGCUGGAAGAGUGAACACCAUGUGCUCAGGCCAAGCUAUGCAGGGAUUUUUCAAUGACCUCCAAGCUCCCAUGUUCCAUUCCAUGGCUUUGUACAACCAGCAGUUUGUUGGGAACCAUCAAAGUUAAAUUAACUAAUGUAGAAUUUAUUUCUGUAGUGAAGUGAGUUUCAAUAUGUCAGUAUGCAACCAUGGUACUCUCUCCAUUUUGCAUAUUCAAAAUAAGAGAAAUCUUGUUUGUAUCAUUAGCUUGAAAACACCUCAGCUUCAAUGAAAGUUUUGAUUAAAUUCAUAAUUUAGUUAAAAA